AGUUAAUAUUUUUGUCGUGGCACAAAUUACUUGUCAAACCCAUCCUUCACCGUUGAAUUGCAUAAAAUGCCGAUAAAUAUUUGAAGAUUUCACUAUUUUAUUUGUAAGUAAGCAUGGAUGUUCCGGCAGGAUUCAGGAAUCGUAAGUCCAGCCAAGCACAGGGUUAUCAGAGAAGACCCCAGCGACCCCAGGGUCAAGAUGGUCCCACUCCGCUCUUUGAUGACACUAGUACUAUGGGAGGAGGGCAGCCGGGACCAGGGGGAAACUUCCAGGCUCAGGGGGCAUACGGGCAACCACAACCCGUGGGGUUUCCUGGUCAACAGUUGAUGAAUGACCCCAUGGCUAAUAUGGCAAUGCAGUAUGGUGCUGGCCUGGCCGACCAUGGGAAGGAAGUCAUGGAGAAACAGAUUGACAGAUUUAUGUCUGUGAGUAAGCUGAAAUACUACUUUGCGGUUGACACAGCGUACGUCUUCAAGAAACUGGCGAUACUUCUCUGUCCGUUCACACAUACUGAAUGGACGAUUCAGUACAAUCAAGAAAAUGAACCAGUAGCCCCUAGAUACGCGGUCAACGCUCCUGACCUUUAUAUCCCCGUCAUGGGCUUCGUAACCUACAUACUGCUGGCAGGUGUGGCUUUAGGACGGCAAGAUAAGUUUACCCCGGAGCAGCUUGGGAUGCAAGCAAGUACAGCACUCGUCUGGCUCAUCAUAGAGAUUGUGGCCGUCCUCCUCACCCUCUACAUCAUGAACAUCCAUAGUGCUCUUAGGAAACUUGAUCUGGUAGCGUUUUGCGGCUACAAAUAUGUGGGAAUGAUUGUGUGUCUUCUUGCCAGUAUUCUAUUUCAAUCGUUGGGGUACUAUGUUGCUCUUCUCUACUCAAGUAUAUCAAUUAUAUUCUUUUUGGUUCGGAAUAUGAAAUUGAUCAUUUUGCCGGAGUCCCACGAAGACAGUAUCGGACACGGCAACAAACGACGUAUGUACUUGCUCCUGUUUAUCGCUACCUUACAACCAAUCUUCAUAUAUUGGUUGACGUCCCACCUCACUGGCAUCCCGGUCAAGGGUAAAGUCUGAGACCAACAUUGCUGUUAUUCAACGCCCCCUCCCUGUCCGCUACCCCCCUCCCGGUCCGCUCCCCCCCUCCCUGUCCGCUACCCC